UCACAUAAUUUCUGAAACAAUGGGGUUGUCAGCUUUGCAGAGAGUUUUUUCACUUGUUUUCCUGCUCUUGUUUGUUGUUAUGUCUCAUUCUUCACCUGAUGUUGCUUCUAAUUCUACUCAAGAAGCACUAGCUCUUCUCAAAUGGAAAGCCAGCCUUCAAAACCAGAGCCAUUCUCUUCUGUCAUCAUGGACUCUUUCUUCUGCAGAUGCCACAAAUACUUCUACCCACCUCAAAACCAAGAUAAGUCCAUGUACCUGGUUUGGAAUCUCUUGCAAUCGUGCUGGAAGUAUCACAAGUAUUAACUUGACCAGUGCAAGUCUAAAAGGCACGCUUCAUGAACUUUCUUUCUCAUUAUUUCCCAAUCUUGCACGCCUUGAUCUAGGUGGGAAUGAACUCUUUGGUGUCAUCCCUCUUCAAAUCAGUCACCUAAAAAAUAUAGAGGUCCUUUACCUCUAUUCAAAUAAGUUAUCUGGCUCUAUUCCUAAAGAGAUAAGCAACUUGAACUCCUUAAUAGAGUUAGCUUUGGGAGAAAAUCAAUUGAAUGGCUCUAUCCCCCCUUCCAUUGGAAACCUGAGUAACUUAAAAGCUUUAUACCUCCACACCAAUAACCUUUCUGGUGUCAUUCCUGAGGAGAUAGACAACUUGAAGUUUAUUUCUGAACUAGAGUUGAAUACAAAUCAACUGAGUGGUCCUAUUCCUCACUCCAUUGGAAACUUGAGCAAUUUGAAAAUUUUAUCCCUACACGCCAAUAACCUUUUUGGUGUUAUUCCUGAGGAGAUAGGCAACUUGAAGUUUAUUUCUACUCUAGACUUGAGUCAAAAUCAACUGAGUGGUCCUAUUCCUCACUCCAUUGGAAACUUGAGCAAUUUGGAAAUUUUAUUCCUACACACCAAUAACCUUUUUGGUGUUAUUCCUAAGGAGAUAGGCAACUUAAAGUUUGUUUUGAGACUAGAAUUGAGCAAAAAUCAGUUGAGUGGCCCUAUUCCUCGUAGCAUUGGAAAUCUAAGCAAUAUAAAAUAUAUGGCUUUUAUCAACAAUAGCCUUUCUGGAAUCAUUCCAUAUGAAGUUGGAAAUCUCUUGAAGUUGGUUAAACUACAAUUGGCUUUUAAUCACUUUACUGGUUAUCUUCCUCGUAAUAUUUGUCGAAGUGGAUCACUUACCCACUUUUCUGUUAGUGAGAACAAUUUGUUUGGUCGUAUCCCUCGAGAUUUGAGAUAUUGCAAAAGCUUCAUUAGAGUCCGCCUCGAAAGGAACCAAUUUAUUGGAAAUAUUUCUGAAGAUUUUGGUGUCUAUCCAAAUCUUACUUUCAUAGAUCUUAGUCAUAACAAAUUUUAUGGUGAAAUCUCAUCUACUUGGGGAAGGUGCUCUCAGUUAGGUUAUUUAAAUGUCUCUAGAAACAAUAUUACUGGGAGCAUUGUGCCACAAAUUCAAAAUUCGAUCAAACUACAUGAACUUGACCUUUCUUCAAAUCAUUUAAUUGGAGAGAUUCCAGUGGAACUUAAAAAGCUGACUUCUCUUAACAAGCUUGUUUUAACAGGGAAUCAACUCUCUGGAGGUAUACCUAGUGAAGUUGGCCUACUCACAGAACUUGAGUACCUUGACUUGUCCAUAAAUAGAUUAGGCAAGUCAAUCCCAGGAGAAUUAGGGAACCUGUCAAGAUUGCACUACUUGAAUUUGAGAAACAAUCAGUUUAGUCUUGAAAUUCCAUUUCAAUUGGGUGAUUUGAUUCAACUCUCAGAACUAGACUUGAGUCACAAUUCACUCAAAGGAGAGAUACCGUCUCAGAUUUGUAAAAUGGAGAGUUUAGAAUAUCUAAAUUUUUCCUACAAUAACCUUUCUGGUUUCAUCCCAAGUUGUUUUGAAGAUAUGCAUGGAUUGUCGCGUAUUGACAUAUCUUAUAACAGGUUACAUGGUCCAAUUCCCAACAACAAAGCAUUUCGAGAUGCUCCAAUUGAAGCAUUACAAGGGAAUAAAGGAUUGUGUGGCAAUGAGCACUUGCUCUUAUAA